UUUAAGACCAAGACAGAUUAAGAUGGAUGGAAUUGGGAGCAGCUUGAAGGUGGUAGAGAGUUCAAGGAGAAUUAGAUACUGCGAUGGAUUAUUAAGGGUUCUGGUGUUAACUCUGACGUUGGUAGCAGCCAUUUUAACUGGUGUGGACAAGGAGACCAAGAUUAUUCCUAUAACUAUCACAGAAACCUUACCCACUUUGCACGUCCCCGUCACUGCUAAGUGGCACUACAUGUCUGCCUUUGUGUACUUCCUGAUAUCGAACGCGAUAGCAUUUUCAUACGCAGCAGCAUCGCUGGUAGCAUCAAUGGCAGUUCGGGCAUCCAAAGAAAAGACAGGUAUAGUUCUGGUGGUUCUGGACAUGACCAUAAUGGGGUUGCUCUUGUCUGCGAAUGGGGCAGCAAUUGCCGUUGGGGUCUUAAGCCAAUAUGGUAACUCGCAUGUGCAGUGGAAGAAGGUUUGCAAUAUGUUCGUUGGAUUCUGUCACCAAAUGACUGCUGCUAUAAUAUUUUCUUUGGUCGGAUCAUUGAUUUUCUUUUGGCUGGUAGCACUGGCCAUUCUCAAUCUUCACAAGAAAUCAAGGUAGAUGAUGGGAAUCAAGGAGGUAGAAAGGGAGCCGUUGGUGGUA